AUGAGUUACGAUAUAUCCUCAUAAUUCAUUCAAUUUAGAAAGUAGAUUUCUUCUAAAAUCAAGAAUUCCCCUCUUAAAAACAAUAACAAAAUUAUAACUCCUGAAAAUUCAGUUGAUCAUCUCAAAAAAUAAUUAACUAAUAAUCUAAUACGAUUAAAAGCUAAAUCAACUAUUUGCAGUAAAAUUUAAAGUAAUUAAUAGAUAUCAAUUUAACUCCUAAAAGGAAUUUGCCAGUAUCUAAGACAAAUAAAUUAAAAAGUUCUUUUAUUUCUAAGUAAAAUAAUACACCUAAGACUCCCAACAAAUCAUUAUAUUAUAAUACUUCUAAAAGCUAAUAAUCAAACAUUAACUUAUUUUAAUAACCUAAUACUUUGAGAUAAUUGGAUUAUUUAGAAUAGCAGAAUGAAAUUAAAUAAUAUUCUUCAAAAUAUUACAAAAUAAUGAAUGAAGAAUAAAGUUUAUAUUACAGUAAAUUGUAAACUAAACUUGAUUAAUUAUCUAAUGUAAUUGGAAAUCAAAUAGAUAGAUAGUAAAAUUUAAAUGAGUUAGAUAAUAUGAUUAAUUUUUCCAAAUAAAAAAAUGCAAAUUCUAAAAAAGAAAAAUAUGUAGAUAGUUUACAAUAUGAGAGUAAAGUUUUGCAAAAUGAUAUACUCAGUAUUAAAUCUAAGCUUGAGAGAUUUGCAGAAGUAAAAGAUAAUUGA